AUGUUUUUUUUUUCUUCUUUCACAGAUGCGUGUCUACCUAUGCAUGUGUUUUAUUCCUUUGUUCUCAUUUCUCUUUCUUCUGUUCUCGCCAGGGAACGUUAUCCUCUCUCUAUUGUCUUAUUCUUUCUUUAUUUCUCUUUCUCUUUCUCUUUUUCUUCCUUUUUUUCUUUAUAUUUCCUUUCUUUUUUCUUUUCUUUUUCCUUUCUUUUCUAUCUUAUUUCUUUCUUUUCCUUUCUUUCGUUUUUCUUUCUUUCUUCCUUUUCUUUCUUUCUUCCUUUCUUUCUUUCUUUCGUUUUCUCGUUCUUUCAUUCUUUGUCUUUCUUUUUCUUCCUUUAUCUCUUUCUUUCUUUUCUUUCGUUUUCUUUCUUUUUUCUUUGUUUCAUUUUCUUUAUUUUUCUUUUCUUUCUUUCUUUCUUUCAUUUUCUUUAUUUUUUUCUUUCUUUUUUCUUUAUUUCUUUUUUCUUUUUCUUUCAUUCUUUUCUUUCUUUUUCUUUUUUCUUUUUUCUUUCUUUCUUUUUUCUUUAA